AUGGAAUUAUUGGAGCACAUUUAUGGAAACCAUCGAUCGGACUAUUGGCCAAUCAGAAAUACGGAAAUACUACCCAAUAACGUGCCUAACCGUCUUGUAUAUGAGAUCUACCAUGUAUUGCACGUAGCAUCUGUUGACGACAACAGGAUGAAUUUUGGGGACAAAUUUCCUUACGCGGACUAUGCCUUUGGUAACUCGAGCGAACAAUCGAGUGACCUGAACAAACAGCAACGGGAGAGGACAUCGAACUCGGAAGCAAACACUCGCUGUCUCAACCCAGACUUGCUGAAUGCCAUCUCAUCUGCAGAAACACCCCCUGAGGCGCAGCAGGAGGAUUUAUUGCACACACCGGACAAACAUCAGGAGGAAGGAUUUGAGAGGAAACAACUUCCGAUGAUGGCUCACCUGUCGUUGUUUACUGUAUAA